UCUCCCGGUGUUAAAGUAGUUUGCAUUCCGUUCAUCGCUGUUCGCACCAGAUAUCGGAGGAGUGGAAUCGGCAGGUUUCUCAUCAAGCGUUUGAAGCGUCCCUCACAAGUGGGUCCGUACGACGCCCUCGUAAUACAGGCCGACGUCGAGAGCGUAGAGUUCUUUCGGAGCAAUGACUUCAGCGACGAUAUUAUACUCAACAGUCGGUUCCGGGAGUCUGUGGUCGACGACAACGGACGGGAAAUACUGCCGCGAAGUGUGUCGUGCGGUCGCCGAGAGUUGAUGUGCUAUUUGCCGCCGUUUGACGGCCACUACCCGCCAAUGCCCGGCACUAAUGAGUGGAACCGAUCCGAAGUGGUCAACGCUAUUGACGACGAGGUGGAGCGAUGGCGGGCCCGGAGUCUGGAGGCCUAUCAGUCUCAGUGGACGUGUAUCGCACGCCUCCAGCAAGAGAUCGUCAAAUUGCGAUCACUUCUCAAACGACAAGAAUAUGGUUUCAAUAAAUUGCGAAAAGAAAAUCUCAGUCUUCAGAAAAUGCUGUUACAAAGUGAAACUCAGUCCACUCUGGCUCUGAUCGAGGCCUGGAAGAAGGAAACGGCUAAUUAUGGCUGAAGUUUGCCAUUUCGUCGGCACUUCACUAUCGGAAGUAAAGCCUGUAAUUAAAGAGAUCUCUCGGAAUAUAAUUAUUGCAUAAUUUACUUAACGUUCAAUCGCUUCAAUCAAUUACAUGUCUUAAAUUCAAAUACAAAUACAUAUAAUUAAAUCAAAUAAGCGGUCAUUUAGUGCUCUCUCGCCCGACAUAAUACUCGCAGAAAUGCAUAUCUUUUAAAAAUACACAUAAAAUACAUUUCAUUUGGAUUAUAGAAAUACCGGUUAAUAAAAUACAUUACAUAUAAAUGUAUAUUAGUUUUAUACGACUUGCUGUCUAGGCGUACGACCCGUUAUGGGCAGACCUAAUGUUAUUGUAUUUAAGAUUUUGUUUUUUAAAAUUAAUGGUUUAGUAGACAAUAGAUUGCAUUUAUAACGCUAUAAAUAAAUAUAUAAAAUAACGUAAGAAAUCAGAUAAAUAGUCGGCUUUUCUAAUGAAACCCAAACAAUAAAAAUAUAUGAAUAGUAUUAUAUUAUUAUAUAAAAAACUUAUAAAAUUAGUUACUAUUUCAUACAA